UUUUAAUAUGUACGGAAGUGGAGUUGCAAAUGUACGCUGUCAUAUUAUCAUUUAUUUUAUAUGAAAGAAUAUUUUUAUGACACAUUUACGCAGUGUGAAUCAAAAUUAUUGUUGUAAGUUAUUAACUAUGUUAAUUGUUUAGCUUAUAUUUGCUUGAGAUUUUUUUUAAUAGGAGUGUAUGUAAAUAAGUGCAUGUUGCAUUAGUACACUACUGAAUUUUCUGUUUGCGUUUCAGUAGUGAAAAUAAUAAUUAAUAUCUGCCAUGUAUCUUACAAAAGAAACUCUUUGUAAAAAUGCUAAAGCGAAAUUUUUCAUUAUCAAGGACUAUAGUACUAUGAAUGGUUUGAAAUUAUAUAAAACGAUAAUGCAGAUAUUUUGUGAAGAAGAAUGUAACAUGUCUGUUUUAUGCUGCGAUGGUUUGAGUACAGAGUUAAUGCAUGGUUUAAAAAAUCAUGACAAAGUGAAAAUUUUAGAUGUAUAUUCUGAUCCUUUGGGUUGGAAUAAUUCAAACAGCAUUGCAUGGUUAUCUGUUGAGAAAUUUGAGGAACAGUUCACUAAUUUUGAAGGCGUUAUUUGUAUGUAUUCACUGUCAUCGUUUUUAAUUCAUAAUGGAAUUGAAGAAAUGUAUAAAGUGUUGCAUAGGAUGUUGCGGAACAAUUCGAAUUUACAGAUAUUAGCUUUGCUGUACUGCAAUGUUCAUAAUCGUCGUGAUAUAAACCUACUGGAAAGAAUCGCUACCACUGUUUUAGAAGUUCCUUUGGAUGCUGAUAACACAUUGCUUUCUACGGUGCACUAUUCUAGUGGAAAAGUUUCAAGUAAAUGUGUUGAAUAUAAAAUUUCCCCAAAUUACAAGUUUAAUUUACUUUCUGAUGUUAAAAUUAUAAAUAAAGCAGCUCCUGUGAAGAAACCUGAUCCAACUGCUAAUUUAACGUUUAACUUAAGAUUAAAAGAGGAAGAGAAAGAGGCUCGUAAUCAGAUUCAAUUACCAUACACAAAAGUGCAGUCUGCCAAUAAUAAUAUCCUUGAAAAUGUGCUUGAGGAUGAUUUUUAUGAUGAAGAAGAUCCAGAUGAUGAUUUAGAUAUUUGAGCUGUAUUUUUGUGAAAUAUAAUAAAUAAUUGAAUAUCACUUAAAUUUAAAAAAGAAAUUGAUAAAAUUAUUUAAUUUUUUACUGGUUUCCAAGUUUGUGACCAUUGUCUUUUCUAUUGAAAUCUUAAUCUUUUAUUUGUGAUAUGGUUAGUGAUAUUUCAUUAUAUUAUUUUUGUAUCUAGCAAAUAACUAAACUAAUAUGUAACUAACAAAAAAAUCUUUGUUUAAAUCUUUAUUUAUUUAUUUUUUUUAAAUUUUAAUAUCUUGAUAAAUCUGUAGUCAGUUGCAAUUGCUAAUCCUGUUACAAACAUGAAUUCAGCAGUUGUUUGUAAUAUGUAUGUAGCAACUGCAUUGUUUAUUUCUGUAAUUCAUUAUAAUUAUUGUACUGCAAAAAAUCUUUAUAAAACUUGGGACUAUAGACAUUUUUAUGCUGCUUUUAUUAGUCCAAAUUUUUAAGUCUAGUUUUUAUGUAAUUUCAGUUGCAGAUGUUUGUAAUGGUUAAAAUAUUUCAUUUUAUAACUUUAAUAUUUUUUUCUGAAAUAUGUAAGGCACAUUUUAGAAAUUUUUAAUGUUAAUGAUUGAU